CCACCACCAGACCGAGACGACAUCACUAACAGCAGCUUUCGACGCUUAACAUACAUACAGCUUCAACAUGUCUGGUCUUCCUAGGCCUGGGCCGCCGCAAAUACGGCGAACCACAUCCACAAUGCGCCCACCAGCAACGCGACCACCUCUUCACAUGGCGCGCGGCCGCUCAGCAACGCCUGCAAUCGAUGGGCGCACAUCGCGUGCAGAGUCGGUAGCUUCUUCGAGAGCGCCGCGUUCAUCACCCCUCAAGCGGAAAGAGCGAGAAUUCGAAACCGAAGGCGAAGAGACGAACAUCAAUGUUGUAGUCCGGUGUCGAGGGCGCAAUGAUCGCGAAGUGCGCGAGAACAGCGGCGUAGUCGUUUCGACAAAUGGAAUCAAGGGCUCGACAGUAGAUCUCUCAAUGGGUCCGAAUGCACUUAGCAACAAGACGUAUCAGUUUGACAAGGUCUUUUCGCCAGCUGCCGACCAGAACACGGUCUUUGAUGAAGUCGUAUCGCCGAUACUAGAUGAGGUCCUUGGUGGCUUCAACUGCACCAUCUUCGCCUAUGGUCAGACCGGCACAGGGAAAACAUAUACGAUGACCGGCGACAUCUCCAACGUCCUCCCACUUCCAGACGCCGCUGGUAUCAUCCCCCGUGUAUUGAAGGACCUCUUCUCCCGGCUCGAAGCGGCCGAAACCGAGAACUCUGUCAAGUGCUCCUUCAUUGAAUUGUACAACGAAGAGCUACGGGACCUGUUGUCACCGGACGACUCAGUGAAGCUCAAGAUCUUUGAGGACAACAGCAAGAAGGGCCACAGCACGACUCUAGUGCAAGGCAUGGAAGAGUGCCACCUAAAGACUGCCGUCCACGGUAUCACGCUCCUACGCGAGGGGAGUCACAAGCGCCAGGUUGCUGCGACAAAGUGCAACGACCUAAGUUCUCGAAGUCAUACUGUCUUCACCAUCACGGUCUAUAUCAAGCGCGUCACAGAAGAUGGGCAAGAAUAUCUAAGCGCUGGAAAGCUCAACCUCGUUGAUCUUGCCGGAAGCGAGAAUAUCCAGCGCAGCGGUGCAGAGAACAAACGGGCAGCAGAAGCUGGCCUAAUCAACAAGAGUCUGCUUACACUAGGUCGUGUUAUCAACGCGCUUGUCGAACGCAGCUCUCAUAUUCCUUACCGAGAGUCAAAAUUGACUCGACUACUCCAAGACUCCCUAGGCGGUCGGACAAAAACGUGCAUUAUCGCGACCGUAUCGCCAGCGAAGAGCAAUCUUGAGGAGACAAUAUCGACACUGGACUAUGCCUUCCGAGCCAAGAACAUCCGGAACAAGCCACAGGUUAAUCAGGCGAUCAAUAAGAAGACUCUCCUGAGGGAGUUCACCGCUGAGAUUGAGAAGCUCAAGAGUGAACUAAUUGCAACCCGGCAGCGAAACGGCGUCUAUCUUACACAGGAAAAUUACGAGGAGAUCACGACGAUCAGCGAGUCGAGACGGAUCCUCAGCGAGGAGCAGCGCGACCGACUUGAGACAGUGGAGGUCAGGCUUCGUAACAAGGUGGAAGAGUUAUUCAAGCUUACGACAAGCUUUCAGACCCUCAAGAAGGACAACGAGCAGACGCAGCUAGCCUUGGACGGUACUAAGGGAAUUCUCGAGAAAACUGAAAUCGUCUUAGAACACACUCGUCAGAAUCUUUCUGAAGAGACUGAACUCCGGAAAGCACACCAGAAGACCGAGGGCGAGCUUGCAGACAUUGGAUAUGGCAUGAUCUCUACACUUGGGAAGACGACAUUAGACAUCGAUGGUCUACGAUCGAAGAUCCGCCGGAAGUCAGAGCUCCAAUCUCAGAAUCGCCGCAAUUGGAAUUCGUCGCAAACUCAGGUAGUAGACACAACUCGCCUCGUCGAAGAUCGAAUAGAGGAAUUCCAACAGCAACAAGAGCAACUGAUGAGCACUCUUUCCGAACGGAUGCAAAUCUUCGUCAAGGAUGAGCUUGACAAGCUUGGCGCCUCUCAGUCUUUUCUGCAAGAGAAGAUGGAGGCAUACCAGACUUCUGAGCAGGAGGUCAACGAGCAGACUGCGCAGUCUCGCGACCACAUGAAUGAGGUCCUGGAGGAGAUCAAGACCUUACGGGAAGAUGUGAAGCAGAAGAUCGGCGCGGGCCUGGAUGAACUCUCUGCCGCGGCGGAGACAAUUUCGGCGAACAUCAUCACUGAACUAGAAGCUUUCCACACGCAAGUUCAUGCCUCUUACGCUUCGUUGGGCCGAGACUUCAAGACGACAUUCGACGACCUUGUCAAAGAUUUGAACGAGCAGCAGACGAAGAAUGACCACCUCCACCAGCAGGUUCUCGAGGCAAACGCAGCUUUGAUCGAAGCGAACAAAGCCUCGCAGGGACAGUUGGUGCAAGUUGUUGAGGAGGAGAAGCAGAAGUCAGCCGAGGACCGACAAGAGCUACUAUCACAAAUCAGUGCAUUGAUUAAUGCCAGUGCGGAUGCGCAAGAGGAAAGGCUGAACGGAAAGCUUUCAAGCGUGAGUGAGGAGAUUAGCGCUGCCAAUGUAGCUUUUGCGGCGAAGCAAGACGCAUACACAGAAGGCGUGGACGCCUGGUCAAAUCGAUCUAGGGACAUCCUGGCAGGUGUGUCAAAGUCAAGGGAUGUUGUCAAGACGAAGAUCAAAUCCGACUUUGCGGUAGCAACCAAGCAUUCGACUUCGAUUAGGGACACAACGACAUCCGUUCAUGCAAGCACUGUCAAGACGGUGGAGGCACAGAUGGCGCAUCUGGAUACGCAGCUCCAGUCCCUCGACGACAUCGUGUCACGCAUUCGUGAGCAGAACAACUCUCACCACACUGCUCACACGACAUCGCUUGCCGCCUUGUCGUCGACAGUACAGACGUCGUACUCCAGCAUCGGCGAUCAUCUCUCCUCAUCUUUCGAUCGCGUGCAGUCCUUAGAGUCAGAAAUGACGGCACAAGCAGGGUCUCUAAAAGAGACCUUGCCAUCGCUCGGAGCAGAUGCCAACAUUCGCGCACCACUUCACGAGCUCCGCGAAGCCGUCAGCGGCCAGAACCUCAUCGAGUACAGCCCAACAGGCGAAACCCCCCAACGUGUCUCUUACAACGUUCCCUCCAAUCUCCCACGCACCGAAGCCCACGAAAACAUUCUCUCUCGUCUGCGGGAUCGACCUGCCACCUCCGACAGUGCACGCAGCCCGUCGAAACAACCCAUCUUCAACGACGCAACGAACUCGAUACCAUCACCAACAGACAUGUUUAAACUCAGCACCAACAAACCCACCAUCUCGCGCUCCGCUAGUGCGAUGACCUAUCCCCAGGCACAUACCAUCUCCUCCCUCCGUGAGUUGGAUGUUAACAUAGUAGCGCAGGAAGCUCAGGCUCACACUCAGCCGCUUCCGCUCGUUUCCCAGUCUUCCGACUCUACCGUUAUGGCCAUGCCGCCGAACAAGAAGCAACGGGGUAAUGAGGAGACCAAGUUGCCGAUGAAGAAGAUGCGCAAGACGGUCCAUGGGGUUGCUGGAGAGAAGGGUGAUCGCGAAAACAUGUCGAUUACGAGCUUUUCGAGUAGCGUUGGCCCUGGGCUCGUGGGUGGUAGGAGACUAAGAAGUCAUGGGAGCAGUUAGGCCGUGGCGUUACCGUCUGCAGUUUUCGUUUUUAGUGGCUAGUGUGUACCCGGCCUGCCGUUGUGAUUGUUUGCAUAGCCCGGUUAGUAAUGGCGUCUUGGUCCUGGUCUUGGUCUUGGACGGUUUUGUGGAACUUCAGACUACUGGGCUCUCGCCCCAUAUCGGAGGUAACUAAUCGGCGUUCAACAACUAAUCAAUUCAUUCUACCCUUGUUCAUCUCGCUAAUCACUCAUUCCUUUUCCCCCCUUUUCCCCACUUCCCGUCUCCCCUCUUCUCAGCUUCUCUCCACGCAUCCCGUCCCGAAGGCUCUACACACCAUACCCCAUGCCCCGCAAGAUAGCCCUACCCUCCUGCACAUCUUCGUAGUUAUCAAUACUCAAACCAU